CGCGCCGGGCGGGGCGGGCCGGGCCGGCGUCUGCCCGCGCGAGGAAGUCCCGGCCCCGCGCUUUGGGGAAGUGAGGCCGAGGCGCCUGCGCACUGAAGCCUGCGCCCGCUCCCCGACGAUUCGGCCGGACCUCGGAGCGCGCGGGCCGGCGGCUGCGGCGCGAGUGGCUCGGGAGCGCGGCCGUCGCAGGGGAGGCGCUGCGCCCCCGGCCCGAGCCGAUCGGGGGCUCCUGGCGCCAGCCUCGCUCCAGAACGCGCAGGAGGACCUCCUGCCGUCUGACUUGAGUCCUGCUGCUGCAGUACACGCCCCUUCGGCAGCCAGGGUGGGGCCCAGAGCGAACCUGGCCCCUCCCGCCCCUGCCUCGCCUUUGGGUCGCUGGAACGAGGAGCGGCGGCGAGCGUGGCGGGCCUCCCGCGAGAGCAGGCUACAGCCCCUCCCCAGCUGCGAAGCCUGCGCCACGCCGAGCCCCGAGGAGGUGCGGAGCUGGGCGCAGUCCUUCGACAAGCUGAUGCACAGCCCAGCGGGCCGCAGCGUGUUCCGGGAGUUCCUGCGCACCGAGUACAGCGAGGAGAACAUGCUCUUCUGGCUGGCGUGCGAGGAGCUCAAGGCCGAGGCCAACCAGCACGUGGUGGACGAGAAGGCGCGCCUCAUCUACGAGGACUAUGUGUCCAUCUUGUCCCCCAAGGAGGUGAGCCUGGACUCCCGGGUGCGGGAGGGCAUCAACAAGAAGAUGCAGGAGCCGUCGGCGCACACGUUUGACGACGCGCAGCUGCAGAUUUACACGCUGAUGCACCGAGACUCCUACCCCCGCUUCCUCAGCUCCCCCGCCUACCGCGCCCUGCUGCUCCGGGGGCGCUCCACGUCCUCCAGUGAAGCCUAGACUGCCCACCGUGGCUGCCUGGACGCGGGACCCCUCCCGCGGGCAGAGACUCCUUUCACAAGAGCGCUUCACGUGUGGGGCACACCCGCCGGGCCCAGCGCCCCGGGCGGUCCCAGGCAGGAGCUCCGGGUGCAGGGCAGGCCAGAAGCCCCCUUCCCCACCCAGAGGACCCAGCGCCCCGGGAUCCAGCCGAGAGGCAGGCGUGAGGGCCUCUGGGCCUAGGCAGCCCCUCCAGCACCACCACCCCCACUGAGCGCUUCCUGCUGGGGUUCCCACCUGGUGAAAGGAGGCGCCCUCCCUGAAAGAAUCCUGGACCCGCAAAGCUCACACGGUCCUCCUCCCCGGGCCCCUGGGGGCCCUGAGAAAUGCCUCUGGUGGAGAACAGAACCUCUGUCCAGUUCUGUGACGAGAGGAGACCUCCAGCUGGUGCCAUGUGCACCCCGGGAUCAGACCCAGGACCUCAGAACGAGGCUCAAGGCAGCAGGACCCGGUCUCUCUUUUAUGUGUUCAUUGAGUGUAAACCAGGAAACAUGGCACUGUGUGUUUUAUCAAAAAAACAAAAAAAAAAGUUUUCAUAUUUAACUCCACUCCUCUUCCCCCCAAAAUAGAAUCUUAUUAUUGAAGAUA